AUUCCCAUUGGCGGAAAAUCCCAGACGCCCCUCAAAUUGGAGAGGGACAGUUGGACGCUGUGGCUCACGCCCGUAAUCACAACCUUCUGGGAAGCCGAGGCGGGCGGAUCACGAGGUCAAAAGAUCGAGACCGUCCUGGCCAACAUGGUGAAACCCGUCUCUACUAAAAAUAAAAAAAUUAGCUGGGCGUGGUGGCGCGCGCCUCUAGUCGGGAGGCUGAGGCAGGAGAAUCGCUUGAACCCGGAAGGCGGAGGUUGCAGUGAGCCGAGAUCGCGCCACUGCACCCUAGCCUGGCAACAGAGCGAGACUCUGGCUCAAAAAAAAAAAAAAAAUAUUGGAGAGGGACGCUCUUCCGCCUGCCUGUCCCCGGAAGUGACGUUAUGUACGUCCCCCCUGAGGAAGUGACGACAGGCGUGCCCUUGACAGGCAGGGAGGGCUAGGCUGUGCAUCCCUCCGCUCGCAUUGCAGGGAGUGUGUCGACUUCCUUUUGUGUGCCCCAGUUCUUCUGCCUCUUUCCCUCACAGAUGGCUCAGCGACUUCUUCUGAGGAGGUUCCUGGCCUCUGUCAUCUCCAGGAAGCCCUCUCAGGGUCAGUGGCCACCCCUCACUUCCAGAGCCCUGCAGACCCCACAAUGCAGUCCUGGUGGCCUGACUGUAACACCCAACCCAGCCCGGACAAUAUACACCACGAGGAUCUCCUUGACAACCUUUAAUAUCCAGGAUGGACCUGACUUUCAAGACCGAGUGGUCAACAGUGAGACACCAGUGGUUGUGGAUUUCCACGCACAGUGGUGUGGACCCUGCAAGAUCCUGGGGCCGAGGUUAGAGAAGAUGGUGGCCAAGCAGCACGGGAAGGUGGUGAUGGCCAAGGUGGAUAUUGAUGACCACACAGACCUCGCCAUUGAGUAUGAGGUGUCAGCGGUGCCCACUGUGCUGGCCAUGAAGAAUGGGGACGUGGUGGACAAGUUUGUGGGCAUCAAGGAUGAGGAUCAGUUGGAGGCCUUCCUGAAGAAGCUGAUUGGCUGACAAGCAGGGAUGAGUCCUGGUUCCCUUGCCCGCGUGGGACCCCAAUAGAACUCAGCCCUUCCAUGCCAGCCCUUCCUGCUGCCUCCCUCCUGUCUGGCUCCUGGGGCCCAUGCUUAGAGCCCAGGCUCCAGCCCUGAGUGCUUCCGAGCUGGCGGACUGCCCAGGGGCCAUCAGAGGAUGGUGGUGCUGCUGCUGAUCCGGGGACCGCUGUCUUCCCUCCCACACGCCUUUCAUCCCUCCUUCUAGGGCCUAUGGCAGUUCUCCCAGGAUGUGUGGCGAGAGCCUGGGCCAGCCCACAGCGUUCCUAGUCAGGCAGCCACACCUUGGUCCUCAUCUCUGGUCCCUUCCAAUCUGAAACCUCGUGCCUGGCUCAUCUGCCACCUACAUUUCUCUUUCCAGCUGCUGUUUUGUAAAAAGAAAAAGAAAAAAGAAGCCCAAACUAGUGAGAGUAAUAUCUAAUUAUCUCAUUUUUUGUAGGUCUGUGAUAAAGAACUUAGUCAUCCCUUCCACCUCCUACUGUGAAGAACAGACCCUGGGUCCCACACUGAAAUCCCCUCUAGUCGCCCAUUCCCACCCCCCAGGGAGCUGCCUCCCACUUCGCCUCCCAGGCAGGGGGUGCAGAAAAUGAUUGAUGGGCUGGGGAACCCUGGAGAGCCUCGACUCCGGAAGUCUCAAGGUGCCUCCUCCUCUCCUUAGCUGGCCCGUUGGUUUUCUGAGCAGGGGGCUGAACUGUGAACAAGUCAGACAAAUAAAGCAAGGGUCUGCACCAUCUGCAAUGUCA